AUGGACCGCGGUGCCGCCCAGUUCUCGCAGUCAGGUUUGCCUUCGCCCUACUCCAGCAGCUUCGGCGACCAGCAUUCUGAAGGCUCGUCGGCAGAACACGCGUCUGCUGCUCAGUACCCCGGGAAACAAGACUACCCAGCCUCUGUGACGCCCACGUCAGAGUACAGCGUCUACCCUCCCUCGGCGCGUUCAGGAUCCUUUUCGGAGCAAAUCCAGCGUUCAUACCAUCCUUCCAGCACCGCCAGCAGCGGAGGUAUGGCGCAACAACAGAACAGUCCGUCUAUGCCCCAGCACAAUGGGCCUAGCCAUCAAGCCCACCCCGUCAAUUCUGACAACGAUGUGCCUAUAGAUCCGUCUAUUGCGGCUCCGAGUCCAACCUACCCUUACGGGCAGCACUCGCCGUAUGCGCCAAACCCAGACAUGUCUCAUGGCUACUCCCAUCCCAGCGGCGGCAUGUAUGCGCAACCCCGACCCGACUGGGCCGGUUACAGCCAGCAUGGAGCUCCUCCCUUGACUCCUGGACAUCCAGUUUAUGCCCAAUCUCCGGCCUCUGCGCCGCAGCAACGCCCCAAUCAGGUGUACUCUUUUGUUCCUAUCCCUGGAGCGCAGCAGCACAAGCGCCCGCGCAGACGCUACGAGGAGAUUGAGCGCAUGUACAAGUGUGGCUGGAACGGAUGCGAGAAGGCCUACGGCACUCUCAACCAUCUCAAUGCACACGUCACCAUGCAGUCUCACGGACAAAAGCGAACUCCCGAAGAGUUCAAGGAGAUUCGCAAAGAAUGGAAGCAGAGGAAGAAGGAAGAAGAGGCCCAGCGCAAGGCGGAAGAGGAGCGGCAGAGGGCCGCAGCGGCAAACGCCGCCCAGAAUGGCGGCGGUGAUCCCCAGGCUGCCGACGGAGCGCCUACGUCUGGGUACCCCGGUAGAGCCGUGCAGCUGCCGCCCAUAGGAUACCAGCCCACGCAGUAUCCGGCGCCGCCCUCUGGCAACGUCGCUCAGCAGCCUAUGCCCGAGUAUGGCACGAGCCACAUGUACUCGAACUACCAGCCGCAUUCUCCCUAUGCUCAACCCAGCCAGCAGAACCUCUACAGCCAGUCAAACGGCGCACCGCCCCCUAGCCACUAA